AUGACGCUCACCAAUAUCCUCACCAUCAUUAUGACCUGGGCUCUCGCUCUCGCCCUUCCCACCGACCGCGCCCACACCCCCAACCUCGUCGGUGUCUCUUCCCGCGACACCCUCGACACGCUGCUCGACAUCAACUGUCGCGGCAGUCACAACAUCAAGGCGAUGAUCGACACCAUACCCGAUGACAAGUAUUAUUCCAGCGGCCAGCAAAUCGCCUGCACCAAGUGUGAUCCGCCCAACUGGGCCGGUCUGUGUGCCUUCACGCAGAAGAUGGGCACCACGACGGUCGCAGGGUGGUAUAUAAAGGAGAAGAUGAAGAACCUGAAGGACCACGGAUGCACUGAUUGUGGCAGCGUGCCUAUCUAUCCCGGCAACGAUGUCAAUAAGGGGGGUUUGACAGUCAAUUGGGUCCACAAAGGCUGUGGGUAG